UAAUUUUUCCUGCUUGUCUAAUUGCCGUUUAGUCUGUGCUCUCCUCCGUUUUUAUUUUUCGUGUGUGUCACCUUAAUUAACCGUUCGUUCCGUCUUAAGUAUCUAACUCUCGUUGCCUGGUUUUAGAGCGGGCACUUUCAAAUUACAUCAUAUAUCUUCCCGUGUUCUCAGUGCAGUGCUGUGCUGUGUUUUAGGAUGAAAAAUGGCCACCUUGAUCACUUGCAUAAUUCAAAUUCGCCAUGGUAUAUGUCAGAAUGGUGGGAGGAUAGAAGUAAGAAGCAAAAAGGAUGCUUUUACUUUUUAUUAGGUUUUUUGACAGUUGUCAUUUUGGCUGCGGCCUUCUACUUUUUAUUUACCGUGGAACCAGAAAUAUGCACAACGCCGACAUGCGUGGAAACCGCCAUGGACCUGUUGAAUAACAUAGACAAAAAUAUAGACCCCUGCGAGGAUUUUUACCGCUUCGCGUGCGGUAACUUCCAGCAUAACGCCCGCCUGGACGGCGGCGGGUCCAAAUCCGUCAGGGACCUGAUGGAAGAGGAGAUCCAGUCGGAAGUUAAAACGAUUCUGGAGGAGUCAAUUAGACAGGACGACCCGAAGCCCUUCAAUUUGGCCAAGAAGUUUUAUCGGGCCUGUAUGAACGAAUCGGCUAUAGAAGUGGUGGGUUUGAAGGGGAUUAAGGGGAUUUUCGAGCGGAUCGGGGGGUGGCCCGCUUUGGAGGGGGAGAAAUGGAGGGAGGAGGAGUUCGACUGGAAAAAUGCGGUGGUCAAGCUGAGAGAAAUCGGGGUUAAUUUCGAGGUAUUUUUCGUCAUGAGCAUCGAUCAGGAUGAGCAAGAUCCCACAAAGAAUAUAAUUUACAUAGAGGAUCCGUUUUACAGUCCGUCAGAAAUAAGCAGCGACGUGAAGGCGAUGUACCUCGAUUACAUGGUUGAUAUCGCGGUCUAUUUCGGAGUCGAUCGGAAUCGAGCCAAAAAAGAGCAACUGGAAGUUCUCAGUUUUUUUCUUCAAUUGGCCAAGAUUUCGAGCGAGGCAAAGCAGGCGGCUAAUGGAACAUCUCAUGUAUACAAUCCAUACUCGCCGAGCGAACUGCAACACGAAUUUCCAAGCGUUCCGUGGUUUCAGUUUAUAAACACGAUCCUAAGACCCAGCGGGACGCUUACCUACGAUGACGUCAUUUCCGUUUCGCAGCCUCUGUACCUUAGGAAGUUGGAGGAGAUACUUAAGAUUACGCCGAAAAGAAUUCUGGGAAACUUCGUGGUAUGGCAAACGUUUCAACAUUUAAUUAAUUAUUUACCGUCCGCAAUAUUGGAUAAAGGAUACGACUUCUUGGAAAAAGUAAAUGGAAUUAAAGCUAGGAAGCCUCGUUGGAAUAUAUGUAUUCAAGCAACAGAAGAUCGACUGGAUUCGGUUGUGUCUGCAGCAUAUGUAGAGCAAUACUUCGACGAUGACACCAGAAUCCGCGUGAUGGAUGUAAUAAGGAACAUCAAAAUUCAGUUCAAACAUAAUCUGGCCAAAUUAGAAUGGCUCGACGAACGCACCAAAAAAAUGGCGAUGGAAAAACUGCUAACCAGCGUCGAGGAAAUCGUUUCCUACAAGGAUAUGGUGGAAUCUAUCGAACAACAAAAAGUUUACGAUGAGCUGAUAAUAAAUGAAAAUGAGUUUCUUAAGUCAGCAUUAGACUUGGAUUACAUUAAUCUUAACGUUAAGUUUGGAAAAUUCAGAAAAAGAGUAAAAGAUAACAGACUUAGACAGAGUGGAUUCGUAACCGGACUCAACAUCGUUUUCUCGCCGAAGGAAAAUAUUCUCAGAUUUCCCAUCGGCAUAUUCCGCGGCGUGUACUACGCUAAGGACCGGCCGCAAUACAUGAACUACGGCGUGCUGGGCUCGAUCGUGGCCCACGAGAUCUCGCACAUACUAAUCGAGGCCGAGUACGGCAGCUCGCACGCCGAAUUGAGAAGCUCUUGGUCCAGCACCAGCCUGCUCAACUACGAAGAGAAGCUGCAGUGCCUGGCAGGACACUAUGCAGAGUUCAUCGUGCCCGAGGUUAACAAGCAUCUUAAUUCUUCUCGUACACGCGACGAGGACUUCGCAGACUUGGCCGGCACAAAAGUUUCCUACGAUACCUACCAGAACUACGCGUGGGAGAACGGUGCGGAACCCCGCUUACCCGGCAUCGCAUACUCGCCGAACCAACUCUUCUGGAUAUCCUCAGCGCAACACCUUUGCUCCAAAUACUCAUCAAACACCAUGCAAAAGUAUAUGGACAGCUAUCAGCAGUCGCCUCAGCAGUUUAGAGUCAAUGGACCUCUGCAGAACUUGGAGGAGUUUUCGUUCGAUUGGGGGUGCAAAAAAGGGGCGAAGAUGGACCCCAUAGAGAAGUGUGCGAUUUGGUAGAAUAGGUAUUACUUAAUUGUGUAUUUAUUUUUUAUUUAUAAACCUUAAAAUCUGGG